AUGAAAUUCCUUACACUCAUCGCCACCCUUAUGGCUCUUCUCGCCACCGCCAACGCCUAUUAUCUCUACUACUACUACCCAAACAACAACAACAACAACGGUUACUAUAACAACAACGGAUACACGACCUAUUACUACUACCCGAACAAUAACAAUAAUGGAUAUUACUACAAUAAUAAUGGAUGCUCCGGAUGUUCUUCCAGCUACUAUCCAAACAAUAAUGGAUACACAACUUAUUACUACACUUAUGGAAAGAAAUAG